AUCAUGAGCUCUAAUAACUGAGUUCUAGUGUUAUCUGCUGCAUGUGUAUUUAUGGACAUAUUUUCUAUAAUAGAUAUAUUGUAUGCAUUAGAUUUAACGAUGCAAACAUUGUCGACCAUUUCGGAGAGAAAGACUGCACCCAGUCAAUGCAGGAAUCGAGUUACAGUCAAUACAGCUCAAGAAAUGUUGAGUCUAAUGAUUCUGGAAUAAAUACAAUGGGAAUCAAACACUCUGAUGGCGGAAGUACGCCCAGAUCAUAUUUAGAUUCAACAGUUGUGCCAACGCUAUUAGAGGGACUGAAAUUGUUAGCAACAGAACGAAUGGGAUUUAUAGAAAAAAUCAAAUCUAGUGUCGAAAUGUGGAGAAUCGAAAAAUAUACUAAACGUAGACCUGUAACAUCUCCAGAUUUCGAACAAAAAGACCGAGAAUUUUAUCGCCAACACUAUAAAGAUGGAGUAUAUCUUCAUCAACAACCAGGUGCCAUCCAAACCACUAAUUCAACAAACAGUGGUAUGAUUAAUUCCAUCAGUCGAAAAACCACUCUCUUACGAACAAAAAGUGAAAAAAUUAUGCGUUCUUCGGAAAACUAUAACAGUAACGCACCUGUCAGUGAUAUUGGAACCCCUUGAAAUUAGGCAGACUAAAAUAGAUACGAUUAAUGUUUGGCAAAUUCAUACAAGUCAUGGCUGGCACAUUAUUUAAAUAGAAGAGAGAGGCCUUAAUAAAACGUCAGUCUCCACUAAAUUGAAAACCAAGAAACAUUUACUCGAAAAACAUUUGACUUGUACAAUAUAAGAAAACCUAACCGUCGAAACUCCAUCCAACAACGCGUAUCUUCAUAGUUUUCAUUUGAAAAGCGUUAAAGUUUUUCUGUACUUUUUGAAGCACUGGAUUCCAGUACAAUUACUUAGUAGUGGCUACCCAUUAAUGUUUUAUGGUUGAUCGGCGGCUUUAGAGCACAAAUUUGUACAUUACUUGUAGACGACGAAAUAGUUAUACUCUGUUUGAAAAAUCGAUACUGGUCAGUUCCUGGUUGCUUGAAAUGCCUUUAGCAUUUGCCACC